AUGUUACUGGUCGUGUUGUUCGCCGUUCUCCUGCCAUCAGUGACGGCUCAGUGCUCGUUCAGCGGUGGAGAUGUCAGUGCUCGCUGGCAGGUGUCCAAUAACGAGCUGACUGUGGAAUUUGUGAACAAGAAGAUCGGUAACAAUCAAUGGACAGGUAUCGGCUUUGGCCCUGGCAUGGACAAUCUCGAAGUGGUGCUUGUGAAAAUCCAAGACAAUAAACCGUCACUGGUCACCGGCUACACAAAAGGCUACGCUGCUCCAAAAGGAGGACUCCUCCCAACGUUGCACCAAAAUUGCUCAGUUUCAACAUUUGUAAAAGAAGGCCCAUUGGAAGACGGCAAAUUCGGUGCACAUACGGCUACGCCGGUUUCGAUGAAGGUCUGCCCAAAGGACUGUACGAAACGCAUCAUUCACGACUAA